AUGCCAGUCUCGUGGGACAGCUUCUCCUCUCCGCUGCCUCCCAUCCCGGAGCAGAGGGAGAACCCGCCCGCCUUCGCCUGGGAGAAGGAGAGCGCCUACCAAGGGGCCGCCGGCCGCAGCGCCCGGCUGGAGAGCUCCGACUGCGAGUCCCUGGAUAGCAGCUUGAGCUCCGAAGCUGGUAAGUGGGGGUUUCUCCAUCUCACCGGGGGUGUCUGUCUUAAUGUCUGCAAAACGGGCUCCUAGGCCUCCAUAUGCGGGUCUGGGCUGGGAGAAUUGGGGCCGGGGAGCUGCUUGUAAUGGGUACCACGUCUAAGCAGAUUGGGGGGAGGUGACUAGGGAUGCUAAUAUAGGGGGAGCUUUGGGGACCUGCAUACACAGACGGGGUGGGGGUGGAGUUCUAUCAUGUUUACUUAAUUCCGUUUAAAAACUCCCCUUCCCACCCCUUUAAAGCAGAAAAGGAGCUCUUCAGUGAUUCCCAUUUAAGUGCAUGCAGAAUUGGCCUACUUUAAUGAAGCCGUGGGGUGGGGGUGGGGGAGAUAGUGAGCAUUAUGGGCAACUACAGGUCAAAAUAGGAAUUUAAAGUGCUAUGUAUGUUUAAUGGGCAAACCAGCAAGCAGCCACUGCCUUUGUUGCCUGCCUUCUCUAGCAGAGGGGUUGCUGAGAAGCGGCUGCCUUAAGCUUAUAAUGUGAUCUUUUUGUUGCCCAGAAUGGCUUCUACCAAUUAAAAACGAAGAAAUGCACAAAGCUGUUUUGAUUUCUUGGCAGGGUGGGUGGCAAUAAAGGUAUCGCAGCAGCAUUAGCAGCAGAGUAGUCACGGGGCUGUUGUCUCUCCUUCAUUUGCAGAUGCCCAGGAAUAUCUGGAUGAAGUGUCCUUGCCAGACUUUGACUUGUUAAAUGAUCCGGAGGAUGAGCUCCUGUGUGCCAAUCUCAUGAAGCUAAUCCAAGUCAGUCUGAAUAAAGCGAAGAUCAACUCCAACCGCUCCUCCAGGCUCCUCAUGCCAAGCCAGCUGAUCGCCCAAGUUGGCAAGGAGCUCCUCCACUUGGCCUAUAGGGAGCCCUGUGGCUUGAGGGGGGCCCUCAUCGACUUGUGCGUGGAACAAGGGAAGGGUUGCCAUAGUGUGGGGCAGAUUGCUGUGGACCCCAGCCUGGUGCCUACCUUCCAGCUGACUCUCGUUCUAAGACUGGAUUCCCGCCUCUGGCCUAAAAUCCAGGGACUCUUUAGCUCCGGCUCUGCUUUUUCUCCAGGCUUCAGCCAAUCGCUGAAGCUCAGCACUGGCUUCAGGGUCAUUAAAAAGAAACUGUAUAGCUCUGAGCAGUUGCUCAUAGAAGAGUGCUGA